AUGAAACAAAGAAAUUAAUAAGCUUAUCUCAAUUCUGAAGUUAAUCUACAAACUAAUGAAAGGAAAAAGCCAAAUACUCCUUUUACUCAAUAUGGAGAUUUGUUUUAUUAAAAUCCUUCAAACUUUAUGGAAAUGUAUUUUUUUAAGUAUAUACAUAGUACAAAACCAUCAGAAUAAUUUGAAACAUAAUUAUGGUUGAAGAGUAAUUAGCAAAUAAAAAAUAAUUCAUCUAGUAAUUUGAUUCAUAAUUUGGUAACUUAAACUCAAUUAAUAUAAACAACUAUAAAUAUAUUUCAUGAGAAAUAUGAUAUUUUGAAAAUUCUAAAAGAAAACUAAUAAUGUCAAGUAAGUUUUUUUUUAAAAAUAUUAGAUUGUGCAAUGUAGAAAUAUUAUCACUUAAGAAUAUGUUGUAGCAAAAAUAUGUAUAUUACAUAAUUUUAAGUUUGGGGUCGAUAGUGAAAUAAAAGUUUGCUAGACUUUAUAAUAUUAUCCCCAUUCAAAAUUAAUGAAGCUGUUAGAAAUGUUUACUGACAAAGAUACUCAUAUCUUUAUAUAUGAGUAUAUGGAAGGUGGUACUCUAUUUGAAUACAUGCAGCAUAAGUAACUCAAAUUAGAUGAAUCAGAAAUUAGGAUUAUAUUUAAACAACUAUUAAAAGCUUUAAAUCAUUUAGAUUCUCUUAAUAUAAUUCAUAGGGAUUUAAAGCUUGAUAAUAUUAUGUUUAAAGUAAGAGGAGAUAUUAAAUCAUUAAAACUAAUUGAUUAUGGUUUUUCAACAUUAUUAUCAGAUGUCUAAGGUUUAGAAUCAAGAUGUGGAACUCCUGGGUAUGUCGCCCCAGAAAUCUAUGAAAAAUCACAUGCUUAUAAUUAAUUAUGUGACAUUUAUAGUCUAGGAGCUAUUAUACACAUUUUAGCAACUGGAAAACGUAUAUAUUCCUCAAAAUUUACAUCAAAAGAAAUAUGCGAAUUGAAUAAACAAAAUAAAUAUUAGAUUAGUAUUAAUAAGAAAUGUACUUUAUUAUAUGAUAUAAUUACUUAAAUGCUAUAAAAUGUAAGCAAUAGACCCUCAGCUUAAAAAUGCUUAUUUCAUCCUUACUUCAUUAAAUUGUCAGAAUUAAAUAAUUCUGAAUAAAUCAAUUAACAGUAAAAAUAUAUUUUAACUUUUAGAAUUUAUAAGCUUUAAUUUCCUCAAUUUAAGAAUCCUUUUUAAUCUUUCUAAUGA